AUGGACCAGGCCUGGGAUGGAGCCUGCGGGCCUCGGCCAAGCACAGCCAGCGUCCAAGUGCGGGAGCUGAGCUCGCAGAGCCUGCACAACCCCCAGCCUCGGAGUAAGGCCCCAGGCCACUGUGAGCACGGCCACAGCGGGCAGCUGGCAGAGGAGUGCCUGUCACCCGCCAGGCUGCAGGCCCUGGCCCAGGAGGAUGACCUCCAACUGGUGAGCAUGUUGGAGAUGUGUGUCAACACCCGUGAGAACAGCCUGGGGAGCUUCGGGCUGCACCUGCCCAACCUCAGCCAGCUGAAGCUGAAUGGCAGCUGCCUGGGCUCCCUGAGGGACCUGGGCACCUCCCUGGGCCACCUGCAGGUGCUCUGGCUGGCUCGCUGCGGCCUGGCUGACCUGGACGGCAUCAGCUCCUUUCCUGCCCUGAAGGAACUCUACGUCUCCUACAACGACAUCUGGGACCUGAGCCCGCUGUGCCUGCUGGAGCAUCUGGAGGUGCUGGACCUAGAAGGCAACUGUGUGGGGGACCUGGGGCAGCUGCGCUACUUGCAGCUGUGCCCACGGCUGGCCACGCUCACCCUGGAGGGCAACCCACUCUGCCUGAGGCCAGGCCCCGGCCCAACCCACCAGGUGCCCCGAGGCUACAACUACAGGGCAGAGGUCAGGAAGCUCAUCCCCCAGCUGCAGGUCCUGGACGAGCUGCCCGCUGCACACACGGGCCUGCCGGCCUCUUGGAAGCUGGACCAGGACUGGCUCCUGGUGAAGGAGGCCAUCAAGGAGGGCUGCAUCCUAGACAGCCUGCUCCCCGGGACAGAUCGAACCCACGGAUCCCCCAUGUGGAGCCUGAGCCCUCAGCUGUGCCUGCCUGAGACCCAGCCCCGGGCCCCCAGGCGCUGGCCUCUCUCCCUGCUGGUCCCCGGGGUCCCCCUGCCUGAAGGCCUCCUUCCCAAGGGCCCGGCCCCAGAGGAUGAUGCCAGCAACCUCACCCAUGGCACCGGCCGGGUCCUCUGUGGGAACCCCACGAAAGGCCUGCAGGAGCGUCGGCACCAGUGCCAGGCUGGGGUGCACCCUGAGAAGCUGCCGCCUCCCAGGCUGGAAGAGCUGGCCCCCAGGGCCUCUGCCCCAGGGCCUGACCCUGCCGACGAUCGCGACCUCCUGGUCUGCGCCGGGCUUCAGGCUUUGAGGGAGCUGCACCUGCGCCCCCUUCCCAGUAGGUGCCCAGAGUCCUGGGAAGAGGGGGCCGCAGCCCCCUGGGGCCCACAGAAGGGCCCUGAAGAGCAAGAGGACAAGGCCGGGCCCAAGCCUCACCGCAGCCCCCCAAGCCUGGCCCCAGAGUCUUCCAGGACCUCGGGGUACAACUUGAUUCCCUGUCCCCCCAAGUCCUUCAUGCCAGACCGGGGCUGCAGCUCCAGGGGGUCUGCAGAUCUGCAGUUCCGGGGGCGUAGGCUCAGAACCCUGGGUAGUUUGGAGCCUGGCCUGGGUCAGAGGCUGGCUCCAGUGACUGCUCUGAGAGCCAGAGAAGUGACCUCGGGCCCCAGCCCUCGAGCAGAGGGAUGUCCAGGCCCAAAGCCAGCCCCAGACUCAGCAGCCAGACCCCCAGCCUCUGGUGCAUGCCGCACCUAA